AUGAUACGGUGGUUAUUUAUUUUUUCGGUUUUUGGGCGUGUUGUUUGUCAGAGUAAUACAGAUGUGCAAAACUUACUAACACAACUUUUCACAACAAAUAGUUAUAACUAUUUGAUAAGACCUAGCAUCAACCAGUCAGUGACAAAGGAAGUAUAUAUAAGUUUCACUCUCUAUGGAAUAACGGGAAUUGACGAGAUUGAACAGAAACUUACAACUACGGGAUGGUUGGAGGUUCAUUGGACAGAUGACCUGUUGACCUGGACACCCUCCAGCUAUGGUGGAUUAGAGGAAAUUUAUGUUCCACAGGGAAAUAUCUGGAAACCUGAUAUCUCACUGCAAAAUGGGUUCAGUGAUUUGAAAGAGCUUGGAUCUAAAUUCAUUCAAGUAAAUAUUCAGAGCGGUGGAUAUGUCACGUGGCGUCCUUUUCAGGUGUUCAGUACAAAGUGCAGCCUUGAUUCGACUUAUUUCCCUUUCGAUAGACAAACAUGUGACCUAGUGUUCGUCGCGUGGAGUCUUGAUCGACAUGAUGUAUUUCUCGCGCAAUAUACUGAUGGAAUAGAAAUUUCUGAAGAAUUACAAUCUCAUGGAGAAUGGGAAAUAAUAUCAUCGUCUGCCACAGACGAGGUAGAAAGUUACGAAACUAAAGUUAAAUUUACAAUUGUUAUAGAGAGGAAGCCAUUGUUUGUUAUUAUGAAUUUUGUUCUUCCCAUCAUAUUGCUUUCUCUUUUGGACAUUUUCACUUUUAAGAUUCCCGCGGAUAUUGGAGAGCGAUUAGGUUACACGAUUACUGUAUGGUUGUCAUUUGCGGUAUUUCUGACAAUAGUGUCAGCUUCUCUUCCUCAGAGUUCAGAAACGGUCCCUAUAAUGUCCGUUUAUAUAAUUAUACAACUGGUUAUGGGGACCGCCAUUGUGCUGGUUUCGACCGUAGAAUCUGGGUUGAUAACUCUUUCGUCGGAAGAACCAGUAUACAGGAUAUUGAAAAUUCUUGCACUGCGCAUGCGUGGUAAAAGGGUUUCUGUUUCAGAAGAAUCCGAAAAGGAUGCAGUAGCAGAGACGGAUGUCACGUGGAAGGAAGCUAUCACAGCAUUGGAUAAAUUAUUGUUUUGGGUUUGCUUUGUGAUAUUCGCUCUAUCCACCGUGAUUUCUUUUCUAGUUGCUGGAUUGAAAUACAAAAUUUAAUGACAACUGUCAAAUUUCAAUACAAGUUGUAUCUGCAUGACUAUGUUUAUCUUACUAUUUCAAAUAACAUUGCCUUAUACAAUGGUUUAAAUUUCGUAUACUUGGGAAAACAAAAACAUUAUUCUUUACUUUCAUUAGGCAAAAUGAAGUGUGUUUCCAACCUCCCGACCAACCCUUAAUUUUCAUGCCUACCCAUUUUAUGUACAAUUUUGAUUAAGCACAAUAAAAGUGCAGACUGUUUUUUAUUAAGCACCGUAACACCCAUAAAUUAUAAAUAUUUACUUACAGUCUUUGUAAAAUAUUUAUACAGAAUAAAAUUAUUUUAUUUAUACGCUAUUUUGUUCUGCCAGUUACAGGAAACGAGUGUAUAUGAUAUUGUAUUGGUUCUACACCAAAAACUUAUCUUCUCUUAUCCUAAUAAUUCUUUAAAAUUGUAUACAUGUAUAUAUAUUAUUUGGGGUUUAUAUUGGAAAAAAGGGGGGGGGGGGGAGUUUUUUAUAUAUUUUUUUUAUAAUGUCGCAAGUAAUCUUUCGGAUUAACAAAUCUGAUUUUCACAAGUUAAAAAGGAUCUGUGAACAACACCAUGGUAUUAAAUAACCAAACUAUGACGGUCUGGAUGGGGUUUACAGAAUAGAGAAAAAUAGGCAAAAUAAAUUAAAGAAUAGAGAAAAAUAGGCAAAAUAAAAAAUAAAAAGAAUACAGAAAAAUAGGCAAAAUAAAUAGAGAAAAAUAGGCAAAAUAAAUUAAAGAAUAGAGAAAAAUAGGCAAAAUGAAUUAAAGAAUAGAGAAAAAUAGGCAAAAUAAAUUAAAGAAUAGAGAAAAAUAGGCAAAAUAAAUAAAAGAAUAGAGAGAGAUAAAUAGGACAAAAAAAUUAAUGAAUAGAGAAAAAUAGGCAAAAUAAGUAAAAGAAUAGAUAAAUAUGUUCUAAAAAUUAAAAUGAACGACCCCCAUCCAGACCACCAACUUUUUGUACAGUUUUCAAUUGUUUUUUUUUUUGUUGUUGUUUUUUUUUUUUUGGUAAUUUGCAGCAGUAAAACAACCAAUCGUACAGUGUAAUCUUUGUAAACUUAAUAAAAUCAAGUCUUCUUG